CUAACACAUCCCUCCAGCAGCAGUACAACCUCUCUUCUCUCAGCAGACUCCGUCACCUCCGUCGUGAGAAAGACUGGACGAUCAAUAGUUAACUCCUACGGUAUGACAGAGUCGUUCUCAGCAGUGACCAUCGGUACACCAGACAUCCUUGCCCUCCACCCUGACUCUGUGGGCAAAGUGGUGCCUUAUAUACAGGUUAAGUUUGUGGAUGUAAGGACUGGAAGGAUGGUGGGUGAGAGACAGGAGGGGGAGGUAUGUGUGCGAGGGCCAAGUAUCAUGCUGGGCUACGCCAACAAUCCCACAGCCACAGCCUCAACUCUCGACCCCUACGGCUGGCUCCACACAGGCGACGUUGGCUACUAUGACCAAGACAACUUCGUCUACCUCACCGGCAGGAUUAAGGACCUUAUUAAAGUCAAGGGAUACCAGGUGUCCCCCGCUGAGCUGGAGAAAGUGUUGUUGCAGUACGAGGGUGUGGAGGAGGCGGCGGUGGUGGGCGUCCCUCACCGUAAGAUGGGCGAGGCGCCACGGGCCUACGUGGUGCCUACAUCAGGCACUGUCCUACACCUGCCACACCUACAGCAGUUCGUCGCUGGUGGGUCAAUACUCCUUACACGUGUUCUAUACUACAUAAACUACAAACGUUAUCACCUACAUAUAAUACACAUGUUAUCACCCUCAUUACUACACAUUUAUCAUCUACAUAUAAUAUACAUGUUAGUGCCUCUAUAUGCCACAUGUGUUACCAUCCACACACAUUACAUAUAGUACAUAUUAUUACAUGUAUCAUAUAUUACACUCGGUAGUCUAAAUCUAUGAUAGUGACCCACCAUAACUCCCACAGUAACCCACCAUAA